AUGUCCGAACCGGCAAAUACGUCAAAGAACUCUUCCCACUUAAUUGGAGGCUUUUUUGGUGGGCUUACAUCUGCUGUUACAUUACAGCCAUUAGAUCUUUUAAAGACUAGAAUCCAACAAGACAAAAAGUCAACGCUAUGGAAGACUUUAAAAGACAUAGAUAACCCUUUACAACUAUGGAGGGGUACUCUACCUUCAGCAUUACGAACAUCAAUAGGUAGUGCGUUAUAUUUAUCAUGUUUGAAUAUCAUGCGGACUUCCUUGGCUAAGAACAAGCAUAAAGGGUCUUCAUCAGGGGAUGAUCUGAAUGUUAUAUACAACAAGAGCAGUAGUCUACCACGGCUAACAAUGUACGAAAACCUGUUAACGGGGGCAUUUUCAAGAGGCCUGGUGGGCUAUAUCACUAUGCCAAUCACUGUUAUUAAAGUCCGAUAUGAGUCUACUCUGUAUAAUUAUUCCAGUUUGAAUGAGGCAACCAACCAUAUAUACGCCAAAGAAGGUAUUUCUGGAUUUUUCAGAGGGUUUGGAGCUACAUGUUUAAGAGAUGCCCCUUAUGCUGGAUUAUACGUAUUGUUGUAUGAAAAAUCCAAACAAUUAUUGCCCAUGAUCCUACCUAGCAAAUUUAUACAUUGUAAUGCUGAGGGGGAGUUUACUACCUAUACUUCCACAACGAUAAAUACAACGAGUGCCGUGUUGUCUGCCAGUUUGGCCACCACAGUAACAGCACCAUUCGACACUAUAAAGACGAGAAUGCAAUUGGAGCCAUCGAAGUUUACCAAUUCCUUUAAAACUUUCGCAUCUAUAGUCAAGAACGAAACCGCUUUUAAACUGUUUAGUGGAUUGAGCAUGAGACUGACAAGAAAGGCGCUGAGUGCCGGUAUCGCAUGGGGCAUAUAUGAAGAGUUGGUAAAGAGAUUCAUGUAA